UUUCGUUGAGCUUUACUACAGUUGUUGGGAUCAAAGAUCAAAUUACAAAGCAACAACAGAGCCAACGUGUACACUACAAAACAGAAAACGCUAAAUUAAUGGUUUUGGUAUUUAUUUCGUGCUUUUUUAUGUAGCAUAACAUGACUUAUAUAUGAAAAAACUUGGUACUCAUGCAAUCCAACCAACCCACGGCAAUUGAAAUACGGAAUGACCGCCUCUAGUCAAGCCGUUCAAGGUCGUUGAAACGAAAGGGCGGGCACAUUUCAAAAGGACCUAACGUUUAAACCUUGCCCAAUGCACAUUUAUCACCAGAUGUAGGUAUCGAGACCUAGCCAAAAGUUUAGUGAAUUCCGGGAUGACUGGUUCUUCACGUUUACGAAAACCAAUAUCACCAUCAUGGUGCAAACCAGUAAUGCUUGUUGGCAAUAAUUUAUAAUUUCGAACUUUUCCUACUUUACUAUUCUCUCUCUGCGAUAUAAACUUAGUGUCCGAUUUCAUUGCCCUGCAUAGAGUCAUUCCGUUUGUAACUGCUUCAUGGUUUGGUUUCAUCUACCGUUAUUUCGAAGUUUCAAUUACGUUAAUCGGAAAUUACUGUCUACGCAUGUUAAAUUGAGUCCAUUAGCCGAUGCUUUUAAUUACCAUAGUUUAAAAACAAAGGAUGAACAUUUAAGCAAAAGGACAGGACUUUUUGGCCACCCGGUUUUGACCUCUCCUCAUAGUUUUCAAAGUCUGGUUGAAUCUACUAUCGGAGAGUGUCAUGUGUUGUGUGAUGAAGCUACUUCUCAGACAAGAGUUAGGAAAAUAGUCCAGAUAUUAGACGAUCUAUCCGAUACAUUGUGUCGAGUUGCUGAUUUAUCUGAUUGUAUACGAAUGCUUCAUCCAGAUCAAGCAUAUCGCUAUUCUGCACUGAAAGCAUGUCAGUCAAUUGGUCAACUUGUUGAAGAAUUAAAUACUAAUUCAAACUUAUAUAAUGCCUCUGUUCGUGCAAGUAGUUCAUCUCAAGUGGAUAAAUUAAUUCCAGAUACACAUAUGGAUAAUGUUGAUAGGCGUGUACUCGAUUUAUUUGUAGCUGAUUUUGAACUAUCUGGUGUACAACUGCAGGAUCCCUGUCGACACGAACAAUUUGUGCAUGCUGCUUCAUUUGCCUUAAAUUGUGGUGCUAAAUUUAUUGAAGGUUGCCAUAGUACAGUAACUUAUCCAUCGAAGUAUUCAGCAAAUAGUUAUUCAAAUUCAAUUGAACUUGUUCAUCCACUUAGUGAUCAUCCAGAUCCUUCUAUCCGUUUAUCAACCUAUUGUGCAUAUUAUGCACCCAUUCAAGGCCAAGAAAAGUGUCUAGAACAACUUUUGAGUGCACGACAUGAAAUGGCACAAGCAGCUGGCUUUCAAAAUUAUGCUAAACGUGCCACGCUCUAUAGUUUAGCUGAAACACCUGAGAAUGUAGACGAAUUCCUUCAGCAUGUUUGCAAGAAACUUCGUCCUAUUUCAACUGAAGUAGCAAGAAAACAGUUAUUACCAAUCAUAAAAAACUCUUAUCGAAAAACGAAGAUGCACAACUUGCAAACGGAUCGUAAUGCAAAUUUAAUUUGGCCUAGUGAUUUACCCUUUGCACUUGGUGUUAAACGCCAGGCAUUAUGUAGUCGUCAUUUGACAGAUUAUUUUUCAUUGGGUGCAUGUAUGGAAGGUGUAAGUCAAUUGGCCAAUUGUCUAUUUGGAUUACGUCUAGAAGUUGUACCGGUACAACCUGGAGAAGUGUGGCAUCCAUCUGUUAUCAAAGUUCAUGUCUAUUCGAAUAAGAAUAAUUCAACAGAACCAAUUGGAAUAGUCUAUUGUGAUCUGCUUGAUCGUCCUGGUAAACCUGCCCAAGAUUGUCAUUACACUAUACGUGGUGGUCGAUGCCUAAAUAAUGGUUCUAGUAAUCGAUCAUAUCAAUCUCCAAUUAUAACACUUCAAUUGACGGUAUCUCCGCCUGAAUCGAAUUCUAAACCACCACUUCUUAGUAUAGGACAAGUUGAAAAUUUAUUUCAUGAAUGGGGACAUGCAUUACAUUCUAUGCUUGCACGUACACGAUAUCAACAUGUUACUGGGACACGAUUAUCUAUAUCUAUCCAUAUUGUUAGUGGAUUAUGCUGUCACUUAAAUGAACAUUGAAAAAUCAAUUGAGGUGAUCGGGACAUGUGUUAUAUAUACCUAACUACCACCUACCUCGACGGGGAAUGUUGUCUGGUAUAGGAGUAGACUGAUAGAAUACUAAUAAGUAGCUAAACCAAAACAUGACACCAAUCCAUAAAGUCAAUGGUAAUUGAACUGAGCUAUUUUAAUAGAUGUAGACACUGUGGUUGAAAUUUGGGUGGUUAUUAUAGCCAGUGGUUAGAGUCUUUGAAUGAAAUGACUCAAAAUUAUUCGCAGUGGUGCAGGCGCAUUCAUUUUUUAUCUUCACUUAUAACCUGAAUGCCAAAAUAUCUUUGUAUUUCUUUUCCCAUUAUUAUUGUUACUAUUAUUAAUUCUAACAUUCUAGGAAUUUUAUUUUAAAAUAACUCACUGUGUUAAUAUCAUGUGGCAAUUUUAACUAAUGCACAAAUGUGUCAAGUUCUACGUUGUAUAUAACUAACUGACAUGUAUAUUUUGUAUUUUAUUCAGAAUUUUAAAACAAUAUGUAAAUAAAUUCAUUAUGAGACAAACAUUCAAUAAGUAAACGAGAAGAUAAACUAUGUUACUACUGUGACAAUUAGAUAUAAAUUCAUUUAGCAAUUUUAUACGAUAGUUAAACCGUAUUAUUAGUCAACUGCAGAAAUGUUUUAUAUUCAAUAAUUAUACAUCAAAACUACUGUACAAUUUCAACUUUACUAUUAAUAAUAUUCUACAUAUAACUACAUGGUAUCCAAUAAUUGUACUAAUCAAGUGUUACACUAUUUAAUUGUUUAAAUUUGUCGAUUAAACCUUAGAUAUUUUGGUCAGCUCUAUAGAUUAAUAAUAUCUUUUCCUAUUUGAUAGAAUUAUUAUCUGUCGUGAUAGUGUUUAAUAGUGAUUCUUAUUCCAGAUAGAUGAAUAAAAUUUUGAUUUGAUCUAUUAGUUCACAUAACUAAGAUACUCUUAGCUUGACAAUGCGAUACUAUCGUAUUGAUAUGGGAAUUCCGAAAAUAUUUAAACUAAUAAAUCGUUAGGGAAAAUACUGACUACUUAUCUGGUUUGGUUAGAUUCUUAGAAUCACUAAAUCUAAUGUUUGUUUAGUGUAAUUGAUUGAACCGUGUUAAACGAAAGCAUUUCAUUCUAUUGUUUUAUCUUGUUUGAAUUCAUAGAAUCUGGAAGGUAGUAAUUUAUUACCGUUGUUAACAUGUUGACGUGUAAAUAACAGCUGCUUAUAUCACAGGUUGAAAUCAUGAGUCGAUUGAAGCUAGACCACCAUGGAAGACCUGGAAGCACUGGAUGGCUGUUCCGUCCCAGUAUGGGACUCCUCAGCAGUGCG